AUGACCAUGGUUGGCAACAAGAUUGAGGCCUCAGACAAAAUGGCGACACAACUGGUAAUGCCUUACAACCCGGACCCCGGCCCUACAGCGGACCAGUUGCACGCUGAGCUGCGCACAAUCUUCAAGAAAUUGGAGAGCCAACAUGGAAAGCUCGCCCUGCUCGUGAGUUCCAUGGAGAUGGGGUGCGCGGAACUUGUGGCUAAGGAGUCCAAGCACAAGCUACUCGUUUGCAAUGGAAAUCAAAGGCACCUUCUGAAGCACAUCAACUCUGCCCGCAAGAAGAUCAACAAGGAUAAGGAAUCUGAGGCUGCCAAUGUCGAAGCCCCACCCAACAAGAAGCGUAAGUCAAAGAAGCCCGGCGUGUCCUCUGCUGAAGCUUCCACUCCCAACCGCCGCGCGCGGCGCAAAGCUGCUGCCUAG